GGAGCAAGAUGAACCCACCUGUCCGCUCUUUGCAGGAUUCAGCUCUGGUGAACCCACACCGUGCCAUGCAGCCAACUAUGUCACGCCCACAGUGCGUCCGCGCCCUGCCGUGGUGGCAUGCUUGAUUUCUGACCUGCCUGCACCGAAGCUGAACACCUGCGGUACCGUCUGAAGCUGUAGCAGGCCUAGAUAAACACUCUACAGACUCGGCGCAACGCUGCGCGCGACACGGCCUCGCGUGAUCACGACCCCACCACUGCUAACCAUGGCCCAGCAGUUCCUCGCCGACAGCAACGGCUGGCUGUCGUUUAACCACAGCACGCCGAUUCUCUACAUCACGGCCGAAGAUGAGGAGUUUGACGUCGAGACAAUGCGCGCCUGGCGCGACGAGGGCUUCAUCGUCAAGUACAUCCCCAUGGGCCAGGACGGCAAGCAGUAUGUGAAGACGCUGCACCACCUGGGCGACGGCAUGAGCAUUGGCGAGCGGUAUGCGAUCGUAGCGUUUGGUGAAGCAGCAGCUGUCUGUCUAGAUGUCUACAGCGAGCCCAAGACAGCGACGAGUAAAUUGUGCUCCCUGGUUGCGUACUAUCCGACGAGCAUACCCGAUCCGCGACGCCGCUUCACUGCCAGCUUCCGUGUUAUAGUGCAUCUCGCGCAGGGUAGUGGUGAUAAUGAGGAGACGGUGGGCAUUGUGCGCCGACCAGAGGUGUUGGGCAUACAGGCGAGGAGAAAGACGGUGACAAAGCGCAUAACGCCGGGGAUAGGUGCCGGCGGUCUGCUCUCCAAGAUGGAGUACCCAGCGUACACCUAUGAAGGCGUUGAUCCGGGCUUCGCAGAGCAUGAUCUGGAACAGUACGACGCGGUUGCAGAUGCCAUUGCGUGGAGUCGAAGUCUGAGCGUAGUGCGCAGAGGCUUCGGCGCAGAAGUGCAUCUGGAACGUCCAUGGGAGGACAACGUAGAACAGAAAUACCGCGAGCACAACGUCCAAAAGCUUAUGGAGACCUACGUCAGCCACCCCACGCCUUGCGUCAACUUUACACCAACCAUGACCGGCGGCUUCGGCAGAGCAGAACUCAAGCGCUUCUACGCCGAUUACUUCCUCAAGAGCGCUCCGCCAUCGCUCCACCUACGCCUUGUCUCGCGCACAGUCGGUGUAGAUCGCAUCGUCGACGAAUUAUACGUACAGUUCAAGCACACAUGCGUCAUGCCGUGGAUACUGCCAGACGUCAAGCCUACAAACCAGAAGGUGGAGAUCAUUGUAGUCAGCAUUGUCGGGAUGCGCGCAGGCAAGGUCUGGUCUGAGCGGGUGUAUUGGGAUCAAGCCAGUGUCUUGUUCCAGGUGGGGCUUUUGGAUUCAGAGGAGGUGCCUGAGCAGUUCAAAAAAGCUGGGCUAGAGAUGCUGCCUGUGAGCGGGAGUGAGGCGGCACGGAAGGUUAUGGAUAUUGAGAGCGAAGAGGCGAACUUUAUGAUCGAUGACUGGUGAUGGAGACGGAGGUGGACUUGUCCAAUGUUUGGCUUGGGCCAUAUGAUACCUAGUCACGUAAUGC